AGAAAAAAAGCUAACGUUUAAUUCAAGUUUUGCGAAAAACAAUAAUAAUCCAAGGGACACAGGCGUGGCGGUCAAAACUAGAGUGGAUUGCAAAGCAAAGCCCAUAUUUUUCGCAAAGUUAGAAAGUUCGUCUUCUCCAAUUCUCCGAAACUUCAACAAUUUCAUUCAUGGAAGCAAUCAGAAAGCAGGCCACGAAGCUCAGAGAUCAGGUCGCUAAGCAACAGCAGGCUGUCUUCAAACAAUUUGCUGGUGGUAUAUAUGGAGGUUCAGAUAAUAUCCUUGCUGAUGAGUCAGAACUCCAACAGCAUCAGAAACUGGAGAAGCUUUACAUUUCAACUCGUGCUGGCAAGCAUUAUCAAAGAGAUAUCGUUCGUGGGGUGGAGGGUUAUAUAGUUACUGGAUCGAAGCAAGUUGAGAUAGGUACCAAGUUGUCAGAAGACAGCAGGAAAUAUGGCACUGAAAAUACUUGCACAAGUGGUAGCACUUUAUCCAAAGCAGCCCUGAGUUUUGGAAGAGCUCGCGCUCAAAUUGAAAAAGAGCGCGGAAUUCUUCUGAAAGCCCUUGGCACACAGGUUGCCGAGCCUCUGAGAGCAAUGGUUGUGGGAGCUCCCUUGGAAGAUGCUCGACAUCUUGCUCAACGAUAUGAUAGAAUGCGACAGGAAGUUGAAGCUCAGGCUAUUGAUGUAUCUAGACGGCAAGCGAAGUUACGGGAAUCCACAGGCAGUGCUGAAUUUAUCAUAAAGCUAGAAGCUGCUGAAGGCAAACUUCUGGAGCUAAAGUCAAAUGUGGCAACAUUGGGGAAAGAAGCCGCUGCAGCUAUGGCUGCUGUGGAAGGUCAACAGCAGAGGUUGACUCUUCAGCGUCUACUUGCCAUGGUUGAAGCUGAACGCAACUAUCACCAGAGAGUCCUCCAGAUACUUGAUCAGCUUGAGAGCGAGAUGUUAUCUGAGCGCCGGCGAAUUGAAGCACCAUCUACUCCAGCAACAGAGAACAACAUUCCUCCACCACCAUCAUAUGAAGAGGUCAGCGGUGUCUUUGCUUCCGAAAUCUAUGAUGGAUCAACAGACAAUGUGGAUUAUUUCUUGGGAGAGGUUGUGAAUUCAUUCAAAGCUGUAACUGAUGUGGAGUUAAGUUUGUCUAUUGGUGAUUAUGUCGUUGUCCGGAAGGUCUCAAGCAGUGGUUGGGCUGAAGGUGAAUGUAAAGGAAAAGCCGGUUGGUUCCCAUUUAACUAUGUGGAAAGGCGAGAACGUGUGCUUGCGACCAAGGUGGCUGAAGUCUUCUGAGGUUACCCAGUAGUGGAGCUUUUCUUACCUUUGUUUUCAUCGGAAAUUUUUGUCUCUUCUGCAUUGUAAAUGAGCUACAGAUUGUUUAUACCGUCUUUAUACAACACACUUGCAGCAAAUGGAAUAUGCGUAGAUGUCAAUCAUUGCAUUUUGUGUUUGUGCUUCUUUCUUUUUAUAUAAUUAUUUUUGUAGAUUUAAUCCC